AUGUCCCGAACACGCCAUCCAGCCAAUAUACCAUCGCAAUCUACAACCGAGACGUCCAAUGGACAACCUACCCUCCGUCUCACAGGCACCCUCCGCCUGCGCGGCGAAGAAUCCCCCUCCACAUCGACGAACGGCGCCGGUCCCUCUCAAUCUCGCCGAAUUCGGUGGAGUGAAGACGUUGUGGACAACGAGGGCAUGGGCAAGAAAAGCUCAAAAGUCUGCUGUAUUUUUCACAAAGCCCGCCCCGUAGGCGAAAGCAGUUCCGAAGAAUCCUCCUCGAGCUCUUCAGACAGUGACUCCGACAGCGAUUAUGACUCUCGGAACGACAUGGCCCGCCGUGCGAAUCAAAGACGGCGAGGACGAAGUCCUUGCGAAGAUGACGAUCAUGAUCAUGACCAUGAGCACGGCCACGAGCACAACCACAGUCACGAUGGCCCGUGUAACGCAGCGUCAGGAUCAGCAUCAUCAUCAAAACGCAAGAUCAAGCGCACAAGGAGAAAGCCCAGCCCCAAUGCGUAUGAAAAGAUGCCGAGGCCGUCGAAGAGCUCUCAACCACGAGAAUCAUGA